AGUCCGGGUGGACACCGACCUUCGCCGCCGCCCGCGCCCCUUCCGCCAGCUCCCGCUGCUGCUCUCCGAGCGCCGUCCUCUCCUCACCUCGAAGCCAACAUGAAGGAGACACGGGGCGACGGGAGCGCCCCUUUCUGCACCCGCCUCAACCACUCGUACCCGGGCAUGUGGGCGCCCGAGCGCUCCGCCGCGGCGCGGGGCAACCUCACGCGUCCCCGCGAGCCUGGCGAGGACUGCGGCUCGGUGUCCGUAGCCUUCCCGAUCACCAUGCUCAUCACGGGCUUCGUGGGCAACGCGCUGGCCAUGCUGCUCGUGUCGCGGAGCUACCGGCGCCGGGAGAGCAAACGCAAGAAGUCGUUCCUGCUGUGCAUCGGCUGGCUGGCGCUCACAGACCUGGUCGGGCAACUGCUCACCAGCCCGGUGGUCAUCUUCGUGUACCUGUCCAAGCAGCGCUGGGAGCAGCUCGACCCGUCGGGGAGGCUGUGCACCUUCUUCGGUCUGACCAUGACUGUCUUUGGGCUCUCCUCGCUCUUCAUCGCCAGCGCCAUGGCCGUCGAGCGAGCGCUGGCCAUCCGGGCGCCGCACUGGUACGCGAGCCACAUGAAGACGCGCGCCACCCGCGCCGUGCUGCUCGGCGUGUGGCUCGCGGUGCUCGCCUUCGCCCUGCUGCCGGUGCUGGGCGUAGGCCAGUACACUAUCCAGUGGCCCGGGACGUGGUGCUUCAUUAGCACCGGGGGAGGGGGCAACGGGACUAGCUCUUCGCACAACUGGGGCAACCUCUUCUUCGCCUCCACCUUUGCCUUCCUGGGGCUCUCAGCGCUGGCCGUCACCUUCGCCUGCAACCUGGCCACCAUCAAGGCCCUGGUGUCCCGCUGCCGGGCCAAGGCCACGGCGUCACAGUCCGGCGCCCAGUGGGGUCGGAUCACCACCGAGACGGCCAUCCAACUCAUGGGGAUCAUGUGCGUGCUGUCUGUCUGCUGGUCGCCCUUACUGAUAAUGAUGUUGAAAAUGAUCUUCAAUCAGACAUCUGUUGAGCACUGCAAGACACACACUGAAAAGCUGAAAGAAUGCAACUUCUUCUUAAUAGCUGUUCGCCUGGCUUCACUGAACCAGAUCUUGGAUCCCUGGGUUUAUCUGCUGCUAAGAAAGAUCCUUCUUCGAAAGUUUUGCCAGAUCACAAAGAGACCAGGUGUAAGGCAAUGGCAGCAGCAGAGAGACCGGAGUCUGCAAAAGUCUGAGAGAGAUGAGAAUAGCUUUGAUUGGAGAUUGGAGCCGUGCUGGAGGAGAUGUGACCGAAUGACCUCUGUGUCAUCUUUGGGAAUUACUCCACACUGCCGUUAUAUCCUUGAUCAAAUGAAGUCAUUGGGAGGAUUAUAUGAGCAUUAGUAUACAGUGCUUGGGGUAGUUCUUGGCAUGGCUGAAAUGGUUAAACAAAAAGACAAGUGUUAUUUCUGCCAGAAGGCUCAACGAAAAUGUCACCUCUUGAAAGGCUCCCUCACCACUGACUUCCACCCAUCUUUAUCAUCAGCCUAAUCCCUCUCUCCACUUCCUUUGCAUUACAUAUUGUAUACACCAUCAUAAUAGUGUUUUUCAUAGUGUCCUCAUACUUUUCUUAUGCUUUUGUUUUCUCAGCUAUGAUGUUAGCUUGAUGAAGAGGGUGACUGUGCCUUAUUCUUGGCCCCUCAGUGCCUAACAUAGCACCUGACACAUCAGAGACACUAAAUAUAUGCUUGUUGAAUGAAUAAAUGAACUUAAAUUCUACUUGCUCUGCAUUUUUUAACUUACUCUAAUCUGUACCUCCACUUAGUAUUUUUACCAGUCAUGUCACUUAACAUGUAUCACUUAAACUUUAUGAUUUUGUAUGCAAAAUUAUUGAUUUUUUUGUAUCCAUAUCUUGUUUCCAAAUAGACCAUAAAAUCUUAUGGAAUAAGAAUUGUUAUCUUUUAUUCUUUGUAUGUCUCAGAGUAUUAUGUAUCAUGGUCAACUAUCAUUGUACUGUUAAGAGAAAAGCUUAAUGAAUAAAUGCACAAGUGGAUUUCAGGAUCAUUGGAGAGAAGGCUCAUUAUACAUUUUUGAGGGACUAAGUAAGUGAUGAUGUCAGAAUAUAAUUACUAGUGUUUUAGAGAAAGCAGAGAGAACCCACGAACACUAGCCAGAGAGAUUUUGGAAUGCUCUCAGAAUGACGAGGGAAAGUAGGAAUCCCAAUAUCAUUUCAACACUCAAGACUGUUCAUCAAAACUUAGCUUAUGCCUGCUUAUUAAAGGGAAGAAUAGAAGGAGUCUGAUUCUAGAAUCAGAUGUGGGCUCUAGUGUUUUCCAGAAACUGACACUGGAAUAGUUAGGCAAAAUGAUGAAAAAUAUAAAGAAUUCAAUGGGAUGUCAUUAUACUGUCUAGAUGAGUUAUGACCCAAAUACAGGAAGAAUAUAACAAACAGAGAGGAGCUCCUUCAAGUUCCUAUAUACAGGAACUUAGAUAUUUGACAAAGCUCUUAUACAUGGGAAGACAUUUAAAUCUCUCACCUGGCAAACGAUGCAAAAUCCUAUCAAGGAACAACAGCCUGGAGUUGGGGGUGGUGGUGCAUUCAGGUCUCUGUUAGUGGACAAAAGAUUUAGGUAUGUAUAACUUGAACUUGAAGCACACAAGUGGUAAGACCACCCCUGUUGGAGAAUGUAUUCAUUUUUUAAAUUGAUUUCUAACAAAUCACCACAAACUUAGCAAGUUAAAGCAAAACAAAUUUAUUAUCUGGCAGUUCCUAAGGGGGACUCUGGAUGUGGGUUAGCUGGAUCUUCUGCUCAGAGUUUUAUCAGACUGAAAUCAAGACUGACAUCAAGGUGUCAUCCAGGGCUAUGACCUCCUUUCAGACUUGAAGGUCCCCUUCCAAGGCCAGCAGGAGAGUACUCUCACUGCUUCUGGCUUCUUUUGAGGCUCACCUGAUUAAAUCAGACCUGCCUGGGAAAUUCCCCCCCUUUGAUUAACUUAAAUUCAUUCCAUCUGGAAAUUCGUCACAUCUGGGAAAUUCCUUUUGCCAUGUAAUGUAACAAUUGUAAGAGUAAUAACUCCUCAUAUUCACAAAUUCUACCCACACCCAAGGGGAGGUGGUUAUACAGGUUGUGCACACUAGGGGGCAGAAAUCUUAAAGGUCAUCUUGGAAUGCUGUCUACCACAGAGAGAACUGACUUAGGUAAAUAGAUCUCAAUGUGUCCCAACAGACACAUUGUCCCAACAGAUAAGGGUCCAGUCAUGUCCUGUUGAUAAUUCUGGUAUUUAAGAAACCCCAGAAAAUUGAGAAGGCAUCUCCUAAAAUUACUUUAGGAAAGUAACAUCAAAAUUAAUGGGGAGAUAGCAUUGUGUCCUUAUCUUUUAAUGAUAGCAAAAUUUUGUUUUAUGAAUAAGAAAACCAAAAUAUAAAAGCAUUAAAAUAUUUGUCUUUAGGAAUCUGUACUUAUUUCAAAGUUUAAUUAUUUGUACUGUUCAAGAAAAUUAGACCUAUUAGAAUAAGAGGUAAAUCUUAUAAUUCCAAGUUAAAAUGAGUAAUUGAUUCAUUGCCUUAGACUUAACAUUUCAGAUUGAAAUUUCAUUUGAAACAUUUAAGAGAAACUGAAGUUCACCAUAUCUAAAAACUUAAUUUAUUAGAUUUAUAAGAAUUAAUUAAGUUAUUGGAAAGAUUGUUAAGUCACACAAUGUACUUAAAAGGAAAUAAAAAUAUACCACAUUAAUAAAUGUGGCUGGAUAUUCAAA